UGUAUCGGUCCAUCAACAGGCCGCUGCUGCUGUUACAUUUAUCUCAUUUAUUCACACAUAACUGUAACGCGAACAAGUGUUUCUCAUUCACUGGGUUUGUCUCCAGAGCCCGAGUUGGCCAUAACAGACGGGCAUAUUUUGGUGGAAAAAAUACAAUUUCAGCAGCAGAAUGGCAAACAAGUGUGCUGGCGCCCCACGCAGUCGCAAGGGGUCCCAUAAGCUGGCUCCAUCAUCUGACCAGGACAGCACAGGGGCCGAAAGAGCCAAAAGAGAGCUCCCCUGCCCCAGUAACGGAACUGUGGAAGUGGAGCACAUUAUUUGCAGGAAGCUACAGCUAAAGAAACAAGCUGAGCAUUUGAAGGCAGACCUGAUGCGGCAGUUUGACACUCAGGUGAAUGAGUUCAUGGACAGUCUUAUUGAGGAGUCUGCCAGUCUGGGUUCUUCCCAUAUGAGCACAGUCUUUCCUCUCUCUGAUAAGGAGAAAAGCAAACUGAGGCAUACACAACCUUCGCAAGGCCAAAGCAAGCAGUUUGUGAUUCGUCGAUCCCUGUUAGAUGAUCUGUUUGAGGUGAAUCACAUCCGCACCAUCUAUCACAUGUUCAUCGCCCUCCUCAUCCUCUUCAUCUUCAGCACGCUUGUUGUGGACUUCAUUGAUGAGGGCAGACUGGUGCUGGAGUUUGACCUGUUGGUGUACACGUUUGGCCAGUUCCCCCUAGUGGUUGUCACAUGGAUGUGUAUGUUCCUAUCCGCCCUUGUGGUUCCCUAUGUACUGCUCAGUGGCUGGGCCAGCGUCUAUCCAACAUCAAACCAUCGGUCCCUGUGGACAUUGCUGGCUGGUUUCCUCUUGGUGCUUUAUCAGGGAAUGUGUUUGGGUUUCCUGCCCACAUAUGUGGUGCUGAAGAACGGCCUUCCCCCCGCAUCACGCUUCAUUCUCAUUCUGGAACAGGUGCGGCUGAUCAUGAAAGCUCACUCUUUUAUCAGGGAAAACGUGCCAAGAAUACGAUCCUUAGAGCUAAGCAAAACAAAUUCUGUAGCUGUACCUCAGCUGACCCAGUACCUUUACUUUCUCUUUGCACCCACCCUAAUAUACAGAGACAAUUAUCCAAGAAAUCCAUGUAUUCAGUGGGGCUAUGUGGCUACGAAGUUUUCACAGGUGCUGGGGUGUUUGUUUUACGCAUAUUACAUAUUUGUGCGGCUGUGUAUCCCUCAGUUCCGCAGUAUCAGUAUGCAGCUCUUUGACCUCAGGGUCAUGGUGUUGUGUGUCUUCAACUCUAUACUGCCAGGUGUACUGAUGCUCUUUCUGGCUUUCUUUGCCUUUCUGCACUGUUGGCUAAAUGCAUUUGCUGAGAUGCUAAGAUUUGGAGACAGAAUGUUUUAUAAGGACUGGUGGAACUCCACUUCAUUUGCUAACUAUUACCGUACCUGGAAUGUUGUGGUACACGACUGGCUGUAUUACUAUGUCUACAGGGAAUUUAUGUGGAUGACACAAAAGCGAUUCCGUGCAGCAGCCAUGUUGGUUGUCUUCACUGUGUCUGCCGUGGUGCAUGAGUACAUUCUGGCCAUCUGUUUUGGCUUCUUCUACCCCGUCCUCUUCUGCCUUUUCAUGUGCUUUGGAAUGGUGUUUAACUUUGUACUUCACGACCGGAGAAAAGGCCCGAUCUGGAAUGUGAUCAUGUGGACUGCGCUGUUCUCAGGUCAGGGGCUUCUCAUCUGCCUCUACUCUCAGGAAUGGUACGCGCAGCGCUACUGCCCCAUAGAAGAGCCCUCUUUCAUUGACCUGCUGAAGCCUCGAUCCUGGACUUGUUAUCCACAAACCAACACUGCUGUGUACACUAACUAAGACACACCAACAGCCAGAUGAAUGGGGUUUACACUGGAGGGAAAAGAGAGGAGCACAAUUUAUUCUUGAACUUUAAAAAAAAAAAAAAUAAUUUUAACUUUGUAUUGCACUAUGACCAAACUUUAAAGUCAUAAUCUUACGUUACAAACCUGCCUUAGAUAUUUUAUUUCCUGUUUACUGAGAUCUUAAUUAUCAAAUUUAUGAUAAUGCCCAUCAUAGAAUGAAGAAUAUAUUGAAUGUUUCUUAUUAAUAUUUAAUUAUUUCCAAUUUCUAAGCAACAAAGUCUAGUUAGCAUUUGACAAUCUAUUUAAGGUUUUGAUUGAUCUGGUUAAAGAUCUUUUUUAAAGUCUUUGUUAUGUCAUAAUGUUGAGGUCAGAUUAUAAAUGUGUUUCAUUUACUGCCACCUCACCUCACAAGUCAUUUCAUUUUGUUUUAAGGUAGCAUUUGAUAUUGUAGUGUUGACUGUUUGACAGAACUGAAAGUAUUUUAUAACAGGAGACAACUGUGAUGUCAUAGACAAGCUGGGUAUUGAUAUUGUAACUUUCUGACCAAUUUUCGCUUGGACACGCACCACAGCCAAGCAAUUCCCUAGAAUGUUUACAAAAUGGGGAAUUCCAGAACCCCAGUAGGUUUUCCUUUUUUUGCCAUACUGUGACGAAAUACAAACAUUUUCUUAACUUGCAGUUGCAGUUUUAAUUAUAAGUAAGAGUUUAAUGGGCAGAGUGCCCUUUUAGAGAAAGCAUUCAAAAUGUCAUACCUAGUUCCUUUUUAAAUUUUGCCAUUUUGUACUUUAGUUACUGUUUGAUAAGUUUAACUGGUAGCCUGGACUAAGAUUUGACUUGGACUCUUGUUUUUUUUUUUGUUUUUUUUCCAUAACAAUACAAAGCGUUGUAUAAAAUACUAAUUUUAUUGCUGUGAUUUAGGGCUUAUUUAUUGCACAGUAGAAUAUAAAAUUUUGUAAGUAUUGAGGGCUGGCUGCACUGAUCAUUGUACUAUUACUGAUGGUUUUCAAGCACAUUUCCUUUAUAAGUUCCAAAUUGCUAUUAUCGUUUACACUACCAGGACAUUAUUGUUUAUCUCCUGUAUUUAUUGUAAGUGCUAACUGUGUUGUCAUCAGUUUAAAGUGAAUAUUCUCUUAAAUUCCACAAGGUAAAAACGUUUUUUUUUUUAUGUUUUCUUUGUGAUAUUAUGUAAUUAAUGUGAUCUUUUUUUUUUUUAACAUGUACCUGCAAUAACUGUAAUAACCAGCAGGUGAUGAUGGAGAGUUGAUUGGACCAUGUAUGUAUUCAGUGUUUGUUUUUUUGUUUUUUUGUUUUUUUAAGCACCUGCUAUGUAAAUCCUCAGUUGUAAUUUCCAGAACAAUCGAUAACUGUAAUAUUCAUCACAAAAUAGUGAUCAAUAUUUUGGAAUAACACAAAUCAAGUGCCGUAUUUUUAAAUGAAAUGUAGUCUUUGUCACAUCAUGAAAAGAUAAAUAGACAAUUUACAGACUUCACUGUGUUUUGCUUGUAUUCACUACACGUUACCAGGUUUAUUAAAAAAAUACGUUUUCGAACCAUA